GUUUAACCGCCGAAACACGAGUAGUUUUUUGGCCGAGUUGGAGUUUAUGUAACAGCAGCGCAGCAACCAACGCCCCACUGGGGCAGCCUCGAGGCGCAGUGUUAACGCUUAAAUGCUCAUUUAUCUUUGAUUAACUGCGGCUUGUUGUAUAGUGUUUGUUGUCUUCUCUCCUAACAUGUGUUGUCUUUUGCUGUCUUGUGUUGUGUUGUGUUCGACAUCUUCGUUGUUUUGAUUGCAACAGUCUGAAAUCGAGCAUGAAAUCAAAAUGGGAACUGAAAUUGAAACCAAAACAGAAACACAAACCGAAACCGAAACCGAAUCUUCAGCUGAGCGUUCGCAUCAUUUAUCAUAGUUACAAUUUACGAAUUUUCACUAUUUCGCUAUUUUUUUGGUCCAGCGAAAUUAAAUGAGCGUAUAAAAAUCAGCAAACCCUCAACACUGCACGCCAGUUUGCAACUUCGAGUAGCACGCAACAGAUCCACACUGCAACAAAACUAAUUUAAGCUCAUGAUGCGUGGAUUUCUGUUACUUUUGUUGGUUGCUGCAGCAAGCGCAGCAAAGUUGGGUUAUAAUUAUCAGACGGCUGGCGUCGACCGUCGUUUUGCUGGACUAAUUGAUAAUGAGGCAACGGGAUUCAGCAGAGAGGGACAUCAACAGAAGCAACUGCAGCAGCAACAACAGCAGCAACAACAACAGCAACAGCAACAGCAACAGCAACAGCAGCAGCAGCAGCAGCAGCUGAUUGGCGAUGAGUUCAACAAAGAAUUCUUUACGUAUAGCGCACCCGAAGAGGAGUUUGCCGAUCGCGAGGCCACUCAGAACAUUGCCCAGAUGCUGAAGCGUAAUCUUCGCGUGCUCUUCAUCAAGUCACCCGAGCAACAAGGUCUCACAAAUGCCGCACUCCAGCUGGCCAAGCAGUCGAGUGAGCAACGCACCGCCAUCUAUGUGCUCACCAAGCAGGCGGAUGUCGGUGAGCUGGCUCAGAGGCUGCAGACCGAGAGCCAGAGUAACACACACAAGCCCGAGGUGCACUUUGUCAAGUACCGCACUCCCGAGGAUGCUGUGCGUGCCCAGCAGCUCAUCCAGCAACAGUUCGAUGCUCUGGGCGGCAGUUCACGCAGUUCGGACGAGGGCGUGGCACCAGUGCUAGACUUUAGCUCAGCGCCAGUCGCAGCAGAGGUGGGCCAAGCCCAGUCUCAGACUCCAUCUAAGGUUCUCUCUGGUCCCAAAUACUUGCCUGCAGCGUAGGCACAUUUACUCUAAUUGUAGAGAACAUAGCAUAAAAAGAUAGCCUCAUAGUUCGUAUU